GUGAAGAGACUCGGGCCUGGAAGACUGUUUUGGUGUCAGGAUGAUGGACAUGGAUGGGUGUUGUGUCAAAUUCAUUUGUAAUUCUGUUUGCUAUUAAUUUACCUGGAGAAUUCAUGAUAUUUCAACAUGAAAGUUACCUAAUGAAGUCAGCAGUUCUACUUCUAAAUAGCUUUCCUUCGUGAAAUGUUGCACAUCAAAGCAAGAGGUGUUUUCUGUGGCUGAAUAGGAAUUCAUAAAGACCUAUUUCCGAUUACCAGCUAUUCCUGAUAGCAGUGAAUUAUUUAUUCUCAUCCGCAACACUGGAAAUCUGAGAUUUCAUUCCUUUCGAAAGGGUUAAAUGUGAUACAUGACUGGAAAUAGUUCAUGGUAAAACUGCCUGGCUAUUGGAGUUAGAAAGGGAAGUUGGUCAGGGCCUAACAUAUUUACUUUUAGCCGCCAGUCAUGACUGUGGAAGAUGAACACGAGGAACUUGUUGCAGAGCUUGCAAGAUUAGAAAAGCUUUCUGCAGAAGAACGUUUGAAGGCAGCGAGGAAGCGCAGGCUAUCUCAAUUAGAAAGAUGGAAGAAAGUAAAACAAACAGAGGAUUUGUUUCCACCUAUCCAGAAGGCAAAUAAGGGUAGGCCUGUCAAGUUUGAGGACAGUACUACACUGAUUGAAGCAUCCGCCAGAAAUGACGCUGAGGAAGUAGAAAGACUGAUCAAGCAAGGAAUCAGCCCAGAUUUACAAAAUCUGGAUGGUUUAAGUGCUUUACAUCAGGCAGUGAUUGAAGAUUGUGAAGAGGUAGUGCAUGUCCUUGUGGCAGGUGGUGCCAAUUUAAAUGUUAAAGAUGCUGAUUUUUGGACACCAUUGCAUGCUGCAGUUGCUUGUGGAAAUUAUGAUUUAGUGAAAAUCCUUGGUGACAAUGGAGCUGACCUGGUUGCAAUUAAUGCUGAUGGGAACAUGCCUAUUGAUCUUGUGGAUGAAAAUGAAGAUAUUGAAGUAUAUCUUGACAAUGCUAUGACAGAAAAAGGCUACACAGAAGAGCAACUUGAAAACAUUCGCAAUGCAGUUGCAGAGGAAAUGCUACUUGAUUUACGAGAAAGUGUUCAAAAAGGAAGAGAUCUUGAUUUAAAAGAUGAAACUGGAGCUACUGCAAUGCACGUAGCCGCAGCCAAUGGCUACAUAGAUGUAAUAGAGUUUCUGCUAGAUAAUGGUGCAAAAUUAGAUGUUACCGACAAAGAUGGUUGGCAGCCAGUACAUGCUGCUGCUUGCUGGGGUCAUGAUGCUGUAAUCGAAAUAUUAUUCAGUCAUGGUGCAGAUCUUGAUGCGAAAAAUAAUGACAAUGAAACUCCGUUUGACUUGACAGAAGACAUAGAGCUCAUUGAAAUUAUGGAGGAGCUGAAAAAUUCAGGGCGUAAGAUUCAGAAGUCUGUAAAGCGAACUCAGAGUAGCAGCUCAAGAACACUUUGUGUACGAAGAUUGAGCUUGGUAGACAAACACCUUACAUCAAAAAAUGAUGCAAAAAGUGAAGGAAGAUUUUUCCAAAAGCCGGAAGUAAUGAAUGUAAUGAUAAAUGCGGGCGAGGCAGAAGAUGACGAUGAACAAAAACGAAACAGUAUUAAACUGAAUUCUGCUGAAACUCCGGAACCUCCUGAACGACAAAAUACUCCAUCUAAUUCUGCAAAAGCAGGUUUAUUUGCAGCCCCACUUCGGCCUCCAUCGGUCUCUCGCCAAUCUGUGGAAUAUUCAAGCAACGAGCAGGCAUCACCUGCUUUCAUUCAAGUGAACGAAGAGAAGAGAAACAACGGAAUCAAGGGGGAUGCCCCUGUUGACGAGAGUAAAGUCAGUAUAACGAUAACAGAGAGCAAAAAAGACAACGCAACAGUGCCACAUCUUGUGUCGUAUAGAAAGAUUGCAAGCCCGACAGCAGACGCUCCGGUGGCGCAACCAGAAGUAGACUCGCCUAUGCAGAAGGAUGCCGGCGGUGCACAAAGUUUAGACAAAACAGCUGAAGCGAACUCAAAGAUUAGUAGCGAAACUCGAAAUGACAAAAACAGUGCCGAAGCGCCCAACGGCAAAUUGGCCGUGCGGAACGACGGUACCGUUCAUAAGAAGUGUUGUAGUAUACUAUAAUUUUGAUUUAAGCAUUAAAAAUAAGAUAAACAUCCAUUAUUUACCUAUAAGGAGCAUUGCAUCUACCAACACCCUAGAUAAUUUUAUCCAUAACUGCCGCCUGUUUUGCAGCAAGUCGUCAAGUUUAUUUCGUCAAGUUUCAUGAUACGUGUUUGUUUUUUCGAUAUUUGUUUUUUGUCAGGUAGUUUCAGAAUAGUAUACAUCGAUCCGUUUGCAGUUGAAAUUGAGCAUUUGGCCUUAAGUAAAUCUUUCAGUUUUAUCGCAUUUUAAGCGCCCUUUCUUAGAAAUUAUGUCAUUAACUGGAACGUCCCAUUUCCUGUGUUGGUCACCUUUGGCCAUUAUCACUUACAGCCAUAUUUAUGGCCUUGUAUGACAGCAUGCCAAUGGAAGGUUCUCGCCGCAGUUUUGUCAAUAAAAUCAUCAGCCUUAAGGCAGUUUUGUUGUGGUGUCUGCCGUCAGUAGGCCGCGGUAAUUAAUGUUAUUAAAUACCUAGAAAAUAUUUUUCUACCUGGCUGUCUCGCUUAGCGAUAUCGAACAAUCGUAUUUUAGUAGUUGAUAUCUCAAUGAAAAAUCCAAUUUUGUUUGUAAGUUAGGCAAAUGAUUUCUAAUUGAUUAACGCAAGACGAUUUGUAUCAUCAGUGCAAAUCCCAUUUUUCGGUAUCUGUGACCAAAACUCCCAUAGGCCUAUUUUUUAGGCCUUGCUUUAAGAUCUUGCUUUAUUCCCUAUUCAUACUCAUCAAAUUUUUUUGGUGUUUAAAAUAUAAGUUUAGAAUCCUCAAUUAAAGCCACCAGGUGUUAGCGGUAAAUGAAAACCAUUUGGUAAUUUGAAUUUAAUGUAUAUUUCUGUAUAUUGAUUAGGAUACUAUCUGCCGCCAUUUUGAAAUGUUUUUUCACCCUGCGUCGGUUAUCCACACAAUUUAAUUUAUCAAAUAACAGCCACUGUGGGGCCUUUAGAGCCUUGUUACCAUAUUUUUAUUUGCCUUAAUGCUACGUUUGUCAGUUAUGCUUUUAUAUCCUGGUUUUUUAAUUGAGAUUGAAGAUGCAACAUGAUUUUCUGUGAUAAUUUUGCAUGCGCAACGUUUCAGGGGGACGAUAAAAUCGUUUCAUCGUAAAAAAAUGUUUUCAGGGACUCUUUUUGUCUUUAGGCGUAAUUGGCAUGUUUCUGAUGUGUGUAUUGGUAUGAUUUGUUUAAAAUUAAUCUAAACAUUAUACUUGGCGGAGUAAAUUCUUACAGAUGUCUGAAUGUAGUUCGAUCUUUUGCUGGUAGAAGAUAUUUUAUAGAAUACAGACUUGUAGCAUUUCAUAGUUA